CCUUGUCCUCCUUUCCUUUCCCCCUUUCCCCCUCUCCUCUCGCUCUCCUCCUCUCUCGUUCUAUUCGUACUAUUCCUCGCCUUCUCUCCUUCCGUCUCCCUUCUUCCUCCAUUAGGGUUUGGGUCUCAUUCUAAGGGGGCUGGGUGAUUUUACCGUUCUCCUCGGUCCCGGAUUCGCCGCCGCGAGAGCUCCUCUUGGAGGCCCGGAUCGCCCGAUUCAGUCUUCUGCGGCCCCCGGAACGAUGAAGAUGGGGGUUUGUAGCCUCUACGAUUGUGACGUUCUUCUCCGACGCUUUUGUGGUUUUCUUCAAGAACUAUGUAAUGAAGCAGCUUUAUGCAUUGGAAGGGGGAUUAAGCUAAUGCAACGAAACUACGAUGUCUUUGUGCUGCAGAGGAUGUAAUUUUCAUGUCACUGCAGAAAUCAUUACUUGUUUGGCAUGCUUUGAGGAAAAUCAUCUUUGCAUCAUACAAGAUUUAUGAAUAGAAAUUUUAUGAAGGGGUAUUUUGGUUUACUUGUGGGUCAUCUUGGAUUUGUUGCUGGUAGAUAGCAUGCUUGGAAUGUCUUUCAGGUGAUGCCCCUGCAGAGUCUUGCCACCGAUGCAUUUGGUGUAUUGACCAUUUCCCUUGUUUUCCUGACUGCCACUCUUGGUCUACUAUGCAUCUUCCAUUCUCUGUACUUCCAGUUCUGGAUCAGUAGAAGACAUUAUCUGCAGCUCAGAUAUUUUAAUGGGCCCUGGGUUAGUCGGAUCAUUUUAAUUCUAGUCUCUAUUUGGUGGGGCUUUGGGGAGAUUGUUAGGUUGAGAUUCCUACAUACAAGGCUCUUUUCCAGCCAAGCAUGGCAGAGAAGCAUCUGCAAAUUCUACAUCCUUUCAAAUUUAGGGUUUGCAGAACCAAGCAUGUUUCUUAUUCUUUCAUUCCUUCUCCAUGCCUCACUGCAGAAAAGGGAAUCUGGCACACUGAGCCGACAGUGGAACAGAAAGUCGCUUGCGUAUGUGCUGCUCUUCUGCUUUCCGAUUUUCAUUAUGCAAAUUGCCAUCAUUCUAGUUGGUGCUGGGUUUAGCAAUGAAGAGCAGAGUGACAAGAAAAUCAGUAUAUCAAAGUUCUUCACAUGUGCAUCUUCCUUAACAGACGGCGAUACUGUAUGCAAGUAUCCACUUCUAAGCACUAUAAUUCUUGCGGGUUUUUAUGCCCACCUGAUCUGCUAUGUGACAUAUGUCGGUGCACAGAUAUUGUCAUUGGUCAUCAACAAAGGUUUGCGGCGAAGGAUUUAUGUUCUGAUAGCAUCAGUCAUCCUUCUCCUUCCAUUGAGGGCUCUUCUCCUUGGAUUCUCUGUUCUUCCUAGCCCAGGCAGUCUGCUGUAUGAGGCCAGUGUGUUCUUAUCUUUCCUCAUGCUGUUGUUUUGCACUACUGUUGGCAUCUGCACUCUAGUGUUCUUCCCCGUGUCGGAUUCCUUGGCACUGAGAGACAUAGGCCAUGCUGGAAUCAGAGGCACGCCCUACGAUGACUACUACCAUGAUGGUGCUCUUCUCAUUGUUAACCAGAGCCAUCAAAGGCCAAGUAGGAAUUCUGAUGAAUCUGCAAAGAGUGGCUCCACGUCUUUUUGCAGCAUAAACUUGGGUGGUUUUGCAGCAUCAGAAGAUAUUAGCGAAGCCAGACUCUCACAUGGUCCUGCCAUUAUUCCCUCAUCUGUGUCAUAAUUAACCCCAGGUAGGCCCAUUACCAAAAGUAGAUCAUCCAAGUUCUUUGACCUUUGGUCAUUUUUUGGGUAAAGAAGGUGGUUGUAAAAUGUGUUAUGAAACAGUGGUUGUCUAAAAAUGGUUUGCUUUAUUGCUCAUAUGGAGAUAUAUAUACAGUUUAUUUUACAUAUAUAUGGAGAUAUAUAUGUAAAAUGUGUUUUGGCUAUUGUAAAGGUUUUGUGGGCAUCUUUUGUGAUGACAGAAGAUCAUACUUCCAAGCAAGUACUAUAUAUAUAUCUCUCAUGAACCAGUUUAGAACA